CUUUUAUCUUUCUUUUUCACUCUACUUAAAUUUAGUCUGGAAAACUGCUACAUUGUUUUAGCACAACAUAAACAUGAUGAAAAAGGUUCCCAUUUUCAAGAAAUCCUUUCUUCAGUUCUACCUUGUCUUUUGUUAUUUUGAUCUGAUACUGCAUGGCUUUAUCACGUGGGCUCUCCCCAUGGAGGACCAGGACUACUACCUACAAGAAAUCCUCAAUAGGAAUCACUAUUAUUCUUAUCCGGAUCCCAAUGAGGACUUGUCACCUUUCACGGAGCAACCAAGAGAAAAAGACUUGAAACCUUCUGCAGAAAUAGAAGAAUCUCCAAGAUUCAAACCAGGCAAGAAAGAGUACAAAUCAAAGAAAGCUAUCAAACCAAAAAAGGAUAAAUCAACUCUGGAAACACCUCCAGCUAAAAAUGGUAACAAGAAAGGUGAGAAAAACAAGAAGAGCAAUGAAAAAACACCAGAUGGCGACUAUGAAAGGCGAAACACUGAUAAAGACAGCAGAGAAAGCUGUCCUCCCUUGGGUCUUGAAACUUUAAAAAUUACUGAUUUUCAGCUUCAUGCUUCUACAGUGAAGAGAUAUGGUCUGGGAGCUCACAGAGCACGAUUAAAUAUACAGGCAGGUAUUAAUGAGAAUGAUUUUUAUGACGGUGCAUGGUGUGCAGGACGGAAUGAUCCCUACCAAUGGAUUGAAGUAGAUGCUCGCAGGCUAACAAAGUUCACAGGAGUUAUUACACAGGGAAGAAAUUCUCUUUGGCUGAGUGACUGGGUAACAUCUUACAGAGUUAUGGUGAGCAAUGACAGUCAUGAAUGGAUCACUGUCAAAAAUGGUUCUGGAGACAUGCUUUUUGAAGGCAACAGUGAAAAGGAAAUUCCAGUCCUUAAUGAAUUGCCAGUACCCCUUGUUGCACGUUACAUACGGAUAAACCCUCAGUCCUGGUAUGAGGAAGGAAACAUAUGCAUGAGACUUGAGAUCCUAGGCUGUCCUCUUCCAGACCCCAACAAUUAUUAUCACAGAAGAAAUGAAAUGACUACCACAGACAACUUAGAUUUCAAGCAUCAUAAUUACAAAGAAAUGAGGCAGCUGAUGAAGGUGGUAAAUGAGAUGUGUCCAAAUAUCACAAGAAUUUACAAUAUUGGAAAAAGUCAUCAAGGGCUAAAGCUGUAUGCUGUUGAAAUAUCCGACAAUCCUGGAGAACACGAAGUUGGUGAACCUGAAUUUCGGUACAUGGCAGGGGCUCAUGGGAAUGAGGUGCUUGGGCGUGAGCUACUACUUUUGUUAAUGCAAUUUAUGUGCCAAGAAUAUCUUGCUGGGAAUCUACGCAUUAAGCAUCUCAUCGAGAGUACCAGAAUUCAUCUUCUUCCUUCAAUCAAUCCAGAUGGAUAUGAGAAAGCCUAUGAAGGGGGUUCUGAAUUAGGAGGCUGGUCUUUGGGACGAUGGACUCAGGAAGGUAUUGAUAUCAACAAUAACUUCCCAGAUUUAAAUACACUUCUCUGGGAAUAUGAAGAUCGGAGAAGACUUCUGAGAAAGGUCCCAAAUCAUCAAAUUCCGAUUCCAGAAUGGUAUCUGUCUGAAAAUGCUACAGUAGCUGUGGAAACACGAGCUGUGAUAGCCUGGAUGGAAAAGAAUCCUUUUGUGCUUGGAGGGAAUUUACAAGGAGGAGAACUUGUAGUUGCCUAUCCCUAUGAUAUGGUCCGGUCAGUCUGGAAGACACAGGAGCACACACCAACUCCAGAUGACCAUGUCUUUCGAUGGCUGGCCUAUUCGUAUGCCUCUACUCACCGACUAAUGACCGAUGCUCGGCGAAGAGUAUGCCAUACAGAGGAUUUCCAGAAAGAAGAUGGAACAGUAAACGGAGCUUCCUGGCAUACUGUGGCAGGAAGCAUAAAUGACUUUAGCUAUCUACAUACAAAUUGUUUUGAAUUGUCUAUAUAUGUUGGCUGUGAUAAAUACCCUCAUGAAAGUGAAUUACCAGAAGAAUGGGAAAAUAACCGGGAGUCACUUAUUGUUUUCAUGGAACAGGUGCAUCGUGGAAUUAAAGGCAUAGUCAGAGAUCAACAUGGGAAGGGAAUUCCAAAUGCAAUUAUUUCCAUAGAAGGGGUGAACCAUGAUGUCCGCACAGCAAACAAUGGAGAUUAUUGGCGGCUUCUAAAUCCAGGAGAAUAUGUGGUCAGCGUAAAAUCCGAGGGCUACACCCAGUCUAUGAAAAAUUGUGCCGUAGGAUAUGACAUAGGUGCAACCCAGUGUGAUUUCACAAUCAGCAAAACCAACUUGGCCCGAAUAAAAGAGAUAAUGGAGAAAUUUGGAAAGCAGCCAAUGAGCCUCUCACUUCGACGGCUCAGACAACGAGCAAGGCAGAGACGCCAGCAAUAUAGACUGCUUUCUGCAAUGUAACAAAUAAUGCUAUCAAAACUCUACCUUUAAACUGAAACCCGCUCUUUUAGUAGAAUAUAUAAAUAUUAUAUUUAUAUGGGUAAAUAUUUUUAAUAUGCCCUUUUUUAUUCAAGUUACUGUUAAGAAUUGUAUCUUGAAGAAUAUUUUUGAAUGCACCGUUCAUUGUUUACAUUUGUAAAUUCUUGUGAAAUUAUUGGAAUUAAGAUACUGUCCUCUAGAAAGAUACUAUAAACUAAAAGGUAUAUAUAUAUAGUAUCUCUAAUCCAAAUGGAAAAUAUAUAUCACCAAAAGCCGGAAAGCAAUCCAGACUGAUAAAUUAAUGGAUAAUUGGCUUAUUAUGAUUUUAAACAAAAACUUUUAUGUAAUGAUGGUCUAACUUGUUAUAUUCUGAUGAAGAUUAAAAUUACAUCCAAUUUACAUUCAAUCACAAAAAAAAUGAAAUCACUGCAAGUAGGAUAUUGAUAGUGGACGUGCAACAUUGUUGAUUUAUAACUUUAAUUAGCUCUAUUACUUUACUAAUCUGCUUAUGAUAGUACACUAAAUGCUCUGAAUUAUUACAGUUGAUUUAAGUAAAGCAGUGAAUAGCAAUCACUGUGUAUUUCCUAGUUAGUUGUUGGAAUGUUUUUUGAGCUGUAAUUACCCAUUUUGUUUUUCAAUAAAUGAAACUUUUGUAAUUGGCUAAAUCUAAUACAGCAGCCAUUUUGUAAAUACUGUUUGCAAAUACCAGUAUGUGGUAGCCAUUCUAUGUAAGGAAAAAAUACUGCUCAGAUGUGCUAGCAUUUCUAUCAUUUAAUAUUUUGUUGUGGUCAGUUUGUUACUAGUAGUAGCUUUCCAGGAUUUUAGGCUGGGGACUUUCUCGUCAUCUACCAUUUCCUUAUCUUUUUAAUUGAAGAUCUCAGUUAUUGAACCAAAGUCUUUUUUUCUAGGUGCUCCAUUAAAACAAUGGUGACACUUUUGUGUGGUAUGUAUAACUGUUGGAAAAAGAAAUGACCUCUUUCUACUCUGACAAGGAACCUAUCACAUUCAUGUUUUCAAUAUAGCUAGCAGUGGACUGAAGUUGGCUGGAUUAAAUGAGAUGGUUAUCAUUUGAGAACUCCAACAUCAGAGUGUGAUUCUUUCCUGAAAAAUGAACUAGCACAUUACCACAGUUUAUAUGAGCCCUACAAAGACAGAUAGAUAACAGAUGGACAGAGAGAUAAGACAGAUAUGCAUAGAUUGAAUACUUUCACAUACAGUGUCUUCUUUAUGGAAUUUCUACAUAGGAAACUACUUAAAAUAUACCCAUUCAAAAUAUUUAAAAUAGUAAAAAAAUCCCUGGCUGAAUCAUUGUAAACAAACAUUCUUGGCAUCAUAUAAUUUCUUGUAUUCAAAUAUCUUUGCAAAAGGUUAGAAUGUAGAAUUAAAUUGCUUUGUUUUCCUUUAACGUGUCAAGAGAGAUUCUAAACAAUAAAGCUGUGCCUGAAGGCAGUGAAUCCAUUAUGCUUAAUGCAAUCGUGCAACCAUGCAGAUGUGAGUCAAGAAUUCUAAGUGUCCAAAGACUUGUUCUCAUUCAGGCAGGCUUUAUCACCUAAAUUCACUAUCAUUUGUCAGAAUUUGUUACUAGUGGAUUGCUGCCUUGUUCGGAAGGCAUUUAUUUAGUGUGGUAUGUGAACUUAGAUUUUUGUAUAGACUGCUUCAAUCAUUUCUACUCAUUCCCCUGACUCCUUUAUCAGGUGUUUAUCAUAUUUUAUCAUGAGGUGUACUGAUUUAAUGGAUCAAUGUCUUUAUCAGCUCAUCUAAUGAAUUUAUCAGCCUUCUUGCUUAAGGAGAUGGCUAUGCACUGUGGAAAUGUAUAUAAGCUGCAAAAUAUACUUACUUUCCUAAUUUCACUAAUCUCCACUGAUCUUACCUCUAUAAGUCAAAACAACUGAGAUAUCUCCCAUUGCCCUUAUAUCAGCCUGGAAGUCUAUUGUUUUAUCUUUCUGCCCAACUUCCCUUUACUGAAGAAUUCAUGUGAUGUUUUCAAUUUUCUCUAAAAAUAGUAUGUGGAGAUAAGAAUGUCACCUUUACUUAAGUCCAGUCAACAUAUUAUUAUCCCAUCCCAUCAACUAGGAGUAAAAUGCAAUGUAUUGACAUAUGCUAAAGAUGAGUCACCUAUAUUUUCUUAUAUCUUUUGGGCUCUGUAUAUUAAUCCCUGGUUUGUAAUUAGUUGUCUGGAUAAGAUACAAGAGUUAACAUUACCAAUAAAUGAAAAGAAGACAAGAAAUUUACAAACCUUCAGAUGUGAUUAUUAUUGCAGAUGUUAUGGUCUAUUUAGGUUGCUAUGUUGCAUUAAAUACUUCAAUAUACUGCUAACCAUCAUACAAAUUCUUAGAUGUGAAAUAAAUGAGUA